AUGGAUGGCUCAUUUUUGAUCGAGACAGACUAUAAUCACACCUACCUGGAUGAACAUUUUUACUUUGAGGACAGUAUGGAUGGUUUCAGCAUCACCAUGGCCAUCCUCUACCUGGUGGUCUGCAUCGUGGGGCUCGCGGGGAACUCCCUCGUCAUUAUUGCUAUUUUGAAACUGGACAAAAUGUCGUCCUCCACCACGGUGUACAUUUUCAACUUGGCACUGGCUGACGGCCUCUUCAUGGUCGGCCUCCCGUUCAUAGCGAGCCAGAACUUCCAGAACCAAUGGAUGUUUGGCGACAUGGCGUGCAAAGUCGUCAUGGUGUUGGACGGCAUCAACCAGUUCACCAGUGUGUUUUGCCUGACGGUGAUGAGCAUAGAUCGCGUCAUUGCGCUGGUGGAGCCACUCCGGUUUGCCCGUUGGAGAACGCCACGCUGCGCCAAGAUCGUGUCGGCCUUCCUGUGGCUGUUCUCCCUCCUCACCAUUCUCCCCAUGGCGCUUCACUUCUCAGCCGACCACGGCUUGUGCAUCCCAGAUCUCAUUUCAGAUGACUGGUGGCUUGGCGUCCUCUCUUACACCUUCGUCAUGGGAUUCGCUCUGCCGUUCAUGGUCAUGAUGGCCUCCUACGUGGCGCUGCUCCUCACCCUACGCUCCCAGCGUCUCCGGGCCUCGGCCCAGAACCAAGAGAACCACCGAUUGGAGCGGCAGGUCACCAAAAUGGUGGUGGCAGUCGUGGUUGUGUUUGGAAUAUGCUGGCUGCCAUUUUACACCUUCAACUUCUGCUCCCUGUACCAGAACGGCCUGGUCCUGACCUUCACCAGGGCUUUUGAGUUUGUGGUGCUGCUGUCGUACUCAUGGAGCUGCGCCAACCCCAUCCUGUACGCCUGCCUCUCAGACACCUUCAGGAGGCACUUCCGAACCCUGCUCUGCCCCGUCGCCAAGACGUCUCCCAGCUUGCAGUGCAACACUGAAUGGUACGACCUUAAUGACAGAGCCGUGCGGGAUGUCACAGUUCUACCUUAG